GCAUCCGCGCGCGCGCACAUUCUUCGCGAAAUUCUCCAACGAAAACAAUCCGUACUGAUAACAAUGUCGUUCGAAUUUUAAGAUAAGAAAUAAUUAUAAAUUUUAACUUUAUUUAUUUUGAAAAAGAAAAGAAAAAUAAGUGGUCGAUAAUUUCAAUUGAAACGUUCGAUUUAGGUUGUUUUUAUUUAAUAAAUAAAAAGUUUGACUAGUGAAAUGUGACUGGCCCCAAAAGUGUGUGUGUUUUUAAAAGAAAAAUAAAGGAAUGCGCUAUAAUUGUGUUGUUCCAUCCAACCAAGAAUGACGACGUGACUCUCUUCAACCAUGGGCAGCGGAGUCAGUACAGCCACCAGCAGGAAGUGGCAGAAGACCAAGCGAGAAGUGCCGCCUCAUGCGGAGUCCUCUAGAGUGUUGUUCCUGUUGUAUCUUAUACACAGGACCUGGAACGUCGUGGUGGAACAUGUGGACUCCAAAAGUGCCAGGUGGCGCGGCUCGCACACGAUGGCGAGCUCAGCGGGUCGCAGGUUCGACUCCGUGAGCCUGGCCGACUCGGAACCUGGAUCCUGUUACUCAGCAUGCAGCUGCAGCUACUGCCGCCUCCGGGAGUGCGCUCAUGACUGUGUCAGUGAACUGACACUGCUGGAAGGCAUGGCGAACACCGGCGGCUGGAGUGAGGAGCCUGUCUCCAAGGAUAAGCAGCGCCCGCCGAUCUACAACCCGGAAGACUACGCGACGUCCCUCAAGAAAUGGGGCAAGAAGACUGGAGCCAGCAGCCUGUACGAGCUGGACCCUGGACAGGACCCCACCAAGGCUCGGACCUUGCCCACACAGGGGAGCAAGGAUUUCAGAAAUCCAUGUUUGAGUGUGGGUGAAGAGAUGAGUUUACGGCAGUUCGGGACUCCCAGUGAGCUGCUCACGAAGCUAAGAGCUGAUCUCCGACUCUCAUUCCCAAGUUUCGUCCAAGAGUUCGCGUGUGAGCCGCUAGAUGGCGUUACGUUGUUGCUGGAACUCCUGCGCAACGUGCAACUCAGCCAAUCAGGAGACGGCGCGAGAGGACCGCCGGCUGUCAGACGAAGACCUUUGCUUGAUGAACUAGCUUGCUUGCAGUGCCUAUGGAGCUGCUGCAGCCGCUACCCCGACUGCGUGAGGAGGCUGGUCGCCGGGUCCAACGGUGUCUACACCCUCACCGUCUGUAUUAUGUCCACCGUCAACAAGUCUAGAGUCCUGGCGUUACAGUUGCUAACAAAAGCGUGCUAUCCUCCGGCGAAUGGUCACAGCAUGGUUUCCGAAGCUCUUUCCACUCUACGCCUGCGCUAUGGGGAGCCAGUUCGCUUCAGGUUUCUAGUGGGCAUGCUCCAAAGCGGCGGUGGCAACGGUGAGCUGCAGUCAGCGGGUCUGGCCUUCAUCAACGCAUUGCUAGCCAGCGCCCCCGGACCCCAACGCAAGCUGUACUUGCAAGCAGAACUCGAACAGGCGGGUUUCGACAUCGUCACACUCAAAAAGAUGAUGUCGAAACUGCCGCAAACGAACGAGCAUGUCGUGAAGGAAAUAGAGAACUAUGAGAAGCAAUUGAUUGAUAUCGACACACUCAGCGAGAAAGCUCACGAAGCACAGAAGGAGAAGGACGAUUUGCGACACAAACUCGAUCUUUUGGAGAAAAGAGUCAAGAUCUUGCAAGAGGAGAAGGGAAUACUGCUGUCUCUGGAGAAAUGCCUGAAAGAGAAGUGUUGCGAGCUACAAGAGGAGGUAUCAUCGUUGAGGUCUGAACAUGGAAACUCCAACCGAAAGAAAUCCUUUUGCAUGAAGAAAAAAAACUCUGUACACAAAAGUAGAGACGAAUCAUCCCCACCAGAAGAUGAAGGCAUCAGUUCCUCAGAGCGAUCUCUGAGUCCUGAAGGUGAUCCCCAACGAGAAUCCAUGGUCUACGAAGUAUUUAACGUUAAGAACGAAACAUACGAUUUGAUGAGGAACAAGCGCACUUACAACAAGAAACUGGAAUCCAAGAAAAUCGAUAAGAAAUCUUCUGACGAAGAAGAAGAGACUACUAUAGAUGAAGUUAUUCAAGAAUUACGAAACAUAGUUAACCACGCGGAGUCGGAACAAUAUGCUAAAGAAAGAAUCGUGUUCGGCGAUGACAAAUCAUCGCGAUGCAAUCAGACGUCGGAAAUUAAUGUUUCGGUGAAAGGAAUUGAAUGCCAGAAACAUAGAGAUGCUGAUCAAGAAGAUUCAAUCACAAGCACAAGACACAGCAUCCAAAUAACGAGCAGCAAUGAGUUUUUAGACGAACAUAACGACGAAGACCACGAAUCAGAGAUAGUGCCCAGCAAAAUUCUUCCACAUCCUCCACGGAAGGCUAAAAGUCUGGUACAUUUGUUCGUUCCACAAGUUGAUCAAGGGCUGCUUUAUAACAAACCCCCAGAUUUAUAUGAAGAUACUUUUUACUCAAGCGAUGAAGGUUCAGACUCACUCUUAAGUGCUUCUCGUUGUCAAAAUGUUGUAGCAAAGAACCCUUCAGUAUCCAGUUUUGAUUUUAACCAGCGACGAGCUUUGUUCGCUGCAGCAGAAAAAGAGAGAGAAGAAGCACGAGGCAAGCGCUCCCGUACUCGCUCGAGGGAAGAGUGCAGACGUAAUUCUAUUAAAAGGAGUGAGUCUUUUCAAGCUUCAGAAAAAGGAUCACGUCAAAGGGAAUACAUUGAUAGCAUGUUCUACAACGAAACCCACACGUCUCUAGUUGGCACUGUCACUCAUUUGCAAAGAUCUAACUCUAAAGGCAGUCGUGUGGACGAAAUAGUAAACUUGAUAGAAUCGAAAAAGCUAACGAAAAGUUUGGACCGGAUCGACGAGGGGUUAAAUUCUAUGGUUGACAUCGUCAUGUUGAGUGAACCUAAGAAACCGUCAUGGCCGUACGAAAGACGUCAAAGAUCAUGUUCUAGAACCAACAGUGACGCUGGCAAGGAAACUCCACUUGUGCCUGUCACCCGAUCGAAUUCUAGACUUGCCAACUUUAAUCAGAGGUAUGAAAUAACAAGUCCGAAAAGUAAGGAGGACACAGCCAAAAGUGACCAGAAAUUUUACUUACCCCACCCGAAACUGAGUACAGGUUCUUUCGAAAAUGGAUCUUACGGAAAUCCGUCGUUUAUCGUGAAGCGUGGGCACAGUAACGCUGGGUUUUAUUCAGGACCUCAUAUUUUAAGAGAUGCACCAGCUAGUAUGACCAGCUUAGUCAUGACUGGGACACACAGCCAUGCGGAUCUAAAGAGAACCCUCUCUCCUAUGGGACAAAAUAAUCACGGCUUACAUAAGGUGACGGAUAUGCCUUCAGGAUUGUAUUGAUACGUUAAUUUUUGUUUGUAAUCAAUACCAACGACUAAUUUUUAAGGAUUCUCUUGUACCUUUACUUUUACUAGUGCAAUAUUAUCCUCAAUAUAAGCUAGAUUAUUAUCAUAUUAAUUUAACCUGAUUAAGGUAUCAUUGUUAGUAUCUUGGUAAUUUUGUUUGUAAGCAAAAUUGGCUUAAGAUCACAUAAACUUUUCUCCUGUCUAGAUUUGUAUCUUUUUCUUUCGGUUUCAUAAUUUCAAUUGAGUUAUUAAUUUUGGCAUCUAUACCUCUGUUGCCUGUACAUAAUGAUUAUCUUAUAAGUGUAGACUAUUAUUAUAUUACAUUUACUUCAUUAAAACACAUUGAUUUAUUGCAUGAUAUUUUUUAUUUCUCGUUUAAAGUAAGUAGGAAAAGGAAAAUCUGAUAUUUGAAAAAGUAAGCUCUUUUUUAACAGUACAAAAUGUAUAAACAAGAUGCGUUAAAGUAGUCGCAAAAGUUUGAUCAUAGUUGUUGGCCCGGGUAGGUAAAUGUAUUUCAGAACAUCGUUCGUUAUGUUAGUUGAUACCUUUUUUCAUGUUCUGGUGCUUUCUUCAUUCUAUCAAAAACAGUAUCAUAGAUCUCGGUUUUCGCAUGUGUACCCCAAAUAAAGUCAAAGUGGUUGACAGUUUCUCUCUCAAUUUUUAUAGUUUCAAUAGUGUUGCCUAACAUUGAACCUAGUUUGAAUGUGUCUCUAUAGUUAACUGCGUGAUCACUCAUACCAUAGUACAAAUAGGCUGGUACCGUGAUUUUUGAUACGUCAAACUCUGGCGGGAUGUCGCUCUUAUAUAAUAUCAGGUUUAUAAGUGGACCAUAGUUGAAGCGAGCAAAUGUGUUCCGAUUUAUACUUUGAGCAUAGUGAGUGUACUGCCGGAUGGAAGCGCCUGCUGGCGUGUGACUUAAGAAGACAGGAAGCAUUGUCUGA